GUCGCUGUGGUCUUCGCGUUGGGUUCUGCACCUUGCUGUAAACUUGUCUGUGCUCGACCGCCGACUUUUUUUUCUUUAUUUCAUAAUAUUUAUUAGCCUUUGGAAGUAUGACGGUGAAACUGGAUUUUGAAGAAUGCUUAAAAGACUCCCCACGCUUCAGGGCAGCCAUCGAGACUGUGGAGAGCGAUGUAACAGAACUGGAGGCCAAACUGGACAAGCUUGUGAAGCAGUGCAACACCAUGCUGGAGUCGGGACGUGUGUAUUGCCAAAACAGCCGUCAGUUUGUGGCUGGGGUUCGAGAGCUUGGACAGCACUCCAGAGGGGACGACAUGAUGAGGGAAUGCCUGGAUAAGUUUUCCAGCAAGCUGAAUGUGAUGAUUGAGGCCCAAGGGGAGCUCAUUGAAACGACCCAGAAAUCCGUCAAGCAGCAGAUCCAGAAUUUUGUCAAAGAGGAUGUGAAGCGAUUCAAAGACACCAAGAAGGAGUUUGACAAGAGCAGCGAGAAUCUGGAGAACUCGCUGAUCCGCAACGCACAGGCUCCGCGCAACAAGCAGCACGAGGUGGACGAGGCCAGCAGCGCCCUGCUCACAGCCAGGAGGGCCUUCCGCAACGAGGCGCUCGACUACGUGCUGCAGAUCACCGUCAUUGAAUCAAAGAAAAAGACUGAAGUUUUAUCGUCUAUGUUGUCCCUGGUUGAGGCUCAAGCCACGUUCUUCGCUCAGGGAUACGAUUGCUUCAAAGAACUGGAGGAGUACCGGAAAGAUCUCGCAGGGCAGCUCCAUCACCUGGUACUUAACUGUGCGCGAGAUAAGAGAGACAUGGAACAGAGGCACGUCACGGUCAAGCAGAAGGAUAUUUCCUAUGACGACUCGAUGACUGAGUUCAACCCUGAUGCUCGAAACAGCGUCGCCAUGGAAGGAUACCUCUACAAACGAGCCAGCAACGCCUUCAAAACCUGGAGCAGACGCUGGUUUUCAAUCCAAAACAACCAGCUGGUUUACCAGAAGAAACUUAAGGAUGCAGUGACAGUGGUUGUGGAAGAUGUCAGGCUCUGCACAGUGAAGCAAUGCCCGGACAACGAGAGGCGCUUCUGCUUUGAGGUCGUGUCGCCUUCCAAGAGCUGUCUCCUGCAGGCUGACUCGGAGAGACAGCAGCAGGCCUGGAUCCUGGCGGUUCAGAACAGCAUCGCUACGGCCUUCCAAGAGCACAGAGAGGACAGCACAGGAUCGCGUCUGGAGCGAACAGCCUCGGUUUCAGGAGGGGGCGGAGCAGGGCUGGAAUUCCCCGGCCAGACUCGGGAGAGCGUCGACAAGCAGGCCCUGGAGCAGGUGCAGCGUAUCCGUGGCAACGACCAGUGCUGUGACUGCGGGGAGCCCAACCCGGACUGGGCCAGCAUUAACCUGGGAAUCACUCUGUGCAUCGUCUGCUCCGGGAUACACAGGAGUCUGGGGGUUCAUUUCUCCAAAGUGCGAUCGCUGACCCUCGAUUCCUGGGAGCCGGAACUGAUGAAGUUAAUGUGCGAGCUGGGAAACAGCACCAUGAACGGUAUCUAUGAGGCCCGUAUCGAUGAGAUGACCAUCAAGAAACCACAUUCUGGGAGCCCCAGGCAGGAGAAGGAAGCCUGGAUCCGCUCCAAGUACGUCGAGAAAAAAUUCAUCCAGAAGCUUCCAGAGACGGGACGCCCCCUGCGCCGGUCCAGUGCCCGUCGGAACCGGGCCAACACCCAGGAGCGUCCCAGCGCCAGACCUCCCCUGAAACCCAAACCGGGCCGUGCCACCCUGCCCCGACUCGCAGGGUUACCCAGCAGUAGCUCGGCCAGCAGCCUGAGUUUGAGCCGCAGCAGUCCAGCUUCUCCCAGAGAUGGGGAGGAGGACCCGGUUGAAGACAGGGCGGACCGAGAGGAUGAUCUGAGCGCGCUCCACCCCGGGGCUCUGCUCUUCCGGGCCGCGGCGCUUCAGAACUUCCCCGUGAUGGCGGACGCGCUGGCACACGGGGCCGACGUCAACUGGGUCAACGCCGCUGAGGAGAACAGCAGCCCGCUGAUCCAGGCCGUGAGCGCGAAUUCCCUGGUGGCCUGCGAGUUCCUGCUUCAGAACGGAGCGAACGUCAAUCAGACCGAUGCUCGGGGGCGGGGCCCCAUCCACCACGCCACGACCCUGGGGCACACAGGGCUGGUGUGUUUGUUCCUGAAGAGGGGAGCGGAUCAGAGCGCCCGGGACGGGGACGGCAAAGACCCCCUCACCAUCGCCAUCGACAACGCCAAUGCAGACAUAGUCACGCUACUACGGCUGGCCAAGAUGAAGGAGGAAAUGAUGCGUGAGAUGGAAGGGUCCUACGGCCAAUCAGUCGCCAGGGGGGAGCAGCUGCAGUGUUUGCAAGCUUUGUAUUGUCACCAGCCUUCUGCAUUCAAACAGGUGACGAGACGUACCAGGAUAUCUUCAGAGACUUCUCUCAGAUGGCCUCCAAUAACCCGGAGAAGCUGAAUCGCAGGAGUGCCGACCUUAAGACCUCCACACUGUAG